ACAGGUGCACUUCUUUUGUGCGGCCGGCUGUAAAGGGGGCGGUGUUGUUUUCAGUCACUCUCUCACUAAGUCUCAGAACGGUUUUCUAAAUGGCUUCAGCAGUUCCUUGGAGCAAUGCCCGAAUGCCUUACCACCACACCCGACGCUACGCGGGCAAGAUCAAGGCCGUCAUCUUUGACUGGGCCGGCACUGUCCUGGAUUGUGGGGUCUUCGCUCCUGCCUUGACGUUUGUUGAGAUCUUCAAGAGGGAAGGGGUGACGAUUACGGACGAGGAGGCCCGAGGACCUAUGGGUACCCACAAACGGGUCCACAUUCAGAAGGUACUGGAGUUGUCUUCGGUGCGCAGUCGGUGGGCGGAGUCACACGGCAAACCGCCCACCGAUGAUGACGUCGAGAGGAUGUACCAGAACUUUGUCCCACUGCAGUGUGAGGUCCUCAAGAACCACUCCCAGAUGAUAGAAGGAGUUGUGGAGACAGUGAACCAUUUGCGAACAGACCGCGCCCUGAAGAUCGGCUCCUGCACAGGUUUCACUUCACCCAUCAUGGCUGACCUCAAGGUCAUCGCAGCGAGUAACGGUUUCGUGCCGGACUUCAUCGCGACGGCUGACCUUGUGCCACAGGCCCGGCCCUGCCCCCACAUGGUGUGGCUGAAUGCUAUCAAGAUAGACGUGCACCCUAUUGAGGCGAUUAUCAAGGUGGAUGACACAGUUGAUGGGAUACGGGAAGGGCUGGCUGCAGGCUGCUGGACAGUAGGUGUGGCUAAAACGGGCAACUACAUGGCAGCCAGUGAGAAGCAAAUGGCCGAGAUGGACCGGGCCGAGUACGAUCGUCGCCUGCAGCACGCCUACGACGUUCUCGCCGAGUGCGGCUCGCAUUACGUCAUCGACAGCGUCAAGGACCUGCCGCCGGUCAUCGACGAUAUAAACCGCAGGAUGGCGUCGGGUGACAGACCUUAGUUGACCUAUUCAGACUGGACACGGUUCUAUAUCGACUGUGAGUCUGUAGACAGUCUUUGUCUACCUCGCAAGAUUUUGAAGAAUUUUGAUUGUGCACAUUGCCUGAAAUUCCAGUAAUGAAACACAGGUUUCCUAAUUUAUUUCCUUAAUAAAGCCUGUUUUCGUAAAUAUCUAAUUCGUUUCAAAAUAUUCUGAACCUUUUCAAUUUUUUUUCUGAAAUUUGGUUCUCCCAAAUAGUCUUAUAAUUGGAGUCCCUCCAAUAUUGUCUUGUCGCCUCCUUGGAAACUUCGGUUGAUUUAAAAUCAGAAUUCCUUUAAUUUUUUUGUUCCCAAGCCUGAAAUCAAAACUGGAAUGAUUUUUUU